AUGGCGCUGUCCGCGUCGGCCGGCCGGGGGUCGCGCGCGGAGAAGGUGAGGACCGAAACGGGGACGGCGGGCUUCGACACCAACGGGGACGGCGGGCUGGACCGCAACGAGAUGGCCGCGCUCGUCGUCGCCGUCAACCCGUGGUUCAAGUUCAGCGAGGACCAGAUCUCCGCCAUCCUCGACGAGGUGUUCCGCACCUACGCCGAGUUCAUCCUCCCCGACGGCAGGGGCCUCUCCCUGCCGGGGCUGCUCCGCACCUACGACGACGGUGCCGGGGACGUCGACCGCGACUUCCUCGCGCUCUCCCUGCCCGCCGUCGACUCUGACGCCUCAUCCCCGGAGAUCGCCGCGGGGGACGCUGCCGCCCUCUCCUCCCCGCCCUCCGGAGCUGCCGCCGCAGCGUCGCUGCUCGACGACCACGCCAAGCCGCUCGGCGCCGGCGGCGCUCUGCCGUCGGUCGGCUCCCGCGCCGCGGCCGCCGCGCCGGCGUGGGCGACCUCCCCCAACCACGGCAUCGCCUUCGACUCCUCAUGGGGGCUCCUCGACGACCUGGAGAUACUCGUCAAGCGCCUCCGCUCAAAGCAGCUGUGGAAGGGCUCCGUCGACGGAAGCGGCGGCGCCGGCAACAACAACUUCGACUCCUUCUUCGAGGCCGGGUGGUCCAGGGAGAUCUCCAGCGCGGCGGAUUCAGCAUCCACCGCUGCUCCGUGGGACGAGACGAGCCGCGACUACCUCACCUUCGUCAAGGAACUCGCCGUGCUCCGCACGCGCGCCGACGCCUCCCGCUCGCGCGAGGAGGCCUUCGACAACCACAUGGUCAUCGGUCGGGCGCAGAUGUGGCCAUCGAGGCCGCUGACAUCGUUCUGA